AUGAGAUUUAACAGAAGAAGUACAAUUACAUCUUCUCUAAGAGCACGAGCAUUGAGUAAACUAACCCAAUUCUCAGUUAAUGGCCAGGAAACUGAACUUUCAAAACAAAAAGAAGAUAGAUAUAAAGCCUUUGAAGCAAUUGCUCACUCAUUACCAAUAUCUUAUGCAAAAGAUAAAUCACAAGUAUAUUCUAUUCCUUUGACUGUCAACGAAUGGGAGAUAUUUGUUGCUUUAGGUCGUUCUAAGCCUACAGACUUUGAUCAGGCUCAAAAGUUGCUUCAUGAUGUGAUUGAAACGUAUUUUUUGGAGUCUCCCAGACAAGUUUUUAGUGAUGUUUUGAUGACAAAAUUUAAAUCUCAGGAUUUAAGAAACCCACACGAAUUAUUUACCUUUACAUUAACUAGCUUGAUAAUCACACUAUGUACAAAAUUCCCUUCAUUAGCCGAGCAUUGCAACACAUUAUUUGAUAAGUAUAUUUCACUAGUAUUACAAUUGUUUUCCCAAGAUGCAUCAGCCAUAUUUUCACUAUUAGGUUUUAUGAAUUCAUUUAUUCAUAAUAAUACCUCUAUUGAACUUAACACACAUGUUUGGAGUCAAUUAUCGUAUAUUUUUAAUUCAACAGAAUUUAUUGAACAACUAGAAAAUGUUUUGACCUUUUCUCAAUCUUUAACAAAUGAUUAUAUUGUUCAAUAUUAUGCUACAAAUAAUGAAUUAUCCCUGGCUUUAUUUUUAAAAAUUUUAGGUCAAUUUAACCUCUCUGUAUGUACUGCAAUUGUGUCUGAUACAAUUGCCAAUAAAAAGACUUCUAAAGAUACACGUAUUAAAAAUAAGCAAGGUAAAUUUGUAGAAUAUUUAUUGGACAGUAUUGUAGAAAUGUAUAAAGAGGAUCAAGCUAGAGAACUAAAUGCCGCAGAAUCAACCCAAACUUCUCAACAAUCAUCUAUUGCUGAUGUCGCUCGUUCUAAACCUGAAAUAUUUCAGAACAUAAUUGUUGGAAAAAGAGACCAACUGAUUGAACUAUGUAAGUUUACACUAAAUAUGUUCCCUGUUGUUGAUGCAGCAGAUGUUUCAAAUGAAACUAAAAUUGCAUUUCUUUUUGAAGCUAAAACGUAUUUUUUGGAAAUUUUAAGUGUAAUCCCAUUAAUUCAAGCCCCUGGAGAUGAAUUAUUUGCUCAAUUUGUGGAGGUUGUAACAGACUUUCUGAAUAAAUAUAUCAUGGUUGCUGUUACACCACCUUGUUUGGUAAAAAAUAUUGUAGCAGUAGCUUCAUUGUUGAACUAUUUUACGGAAGAUGUUUCAUUACCGCUGUUGCGUCUAUUCCCGUUACUAGUGGCCUUGCCUCAUAUAUCUACUUCGACGGUUGAAGAAAUAUCUCAAUAUUUUACAAAAGGUCUGUUACCUUUAAAUGAAGACUCCAUUGUGAAUACUAUUUAUUCAAUUAAUAAUCUUUUGACUGGUAAUAGUGCUGCUACUCAUCUUUCAAUGUUAAAGAGACGUCAGUUAACAAUGCCAACUGUUUCUCUAAGACCUAGAGAACGGACUGUAACUUCUGAUUCAUUCCCUGAAACUCAUAUAAUGAACGACACUGCUCUUCCUAGAUCAUUUUCGCAAUUAGAGUUACAGACUAAUGCAUCUGGUUCUGCUGUUGUUUCUAAUCCGCGGUCACAUAUAAAUAGCACUUUGAUAUUCGAAAACUGUGUCACUGCUACGACGAUUAUUGCGGCAAAUUAUAAUGAUCCAUCAAUAACAGCAUUAACCAUUGCAAUCCUAACCCAGAAAGUUACCACAAUUUCAAAAGCUUUAGAUAAAAUCAUUAUAUCUGCUCUGACCAAAAUUUCAAGAUAUACUUCACCAAAUGAGUUUACGAUCUUGUUAAAAUUCUAUAGAACGGUCUAUUUGAGAUAUUCUAAAGAGGGAAAGAAGGACUUGAUUAAAGAUAUUACUGAUGCAAGAAUUAAAAUAUCCACAUCACUUUAUUUGAAAAAGUACAGAAGUAAACCUUAUUACAUGCAAUUGCAUGAUCUUUUAGAAUCUAUUAUAGCUUGUGGUGAAGUUGAUAAAUUGGAACAUCAUAGAUCUCAUUCAGAAAUAUCAAUUGUUGCAGAAGAAAUAGGUCAUUAUUUAGCACCAUUGGCUGCAUUAUUACCAAAACCGGGCUCUCCACGGUUUGACUUGAGUACUGAUGAAACUACUACCAAUAUGUUUAGAAAUAUUUGGUUCAAUAUGGCAAUUCAUGGUUUCCAUCAUGGAUCAGAUCUGGUGAAAAAGCACUACUCAAAUUUAUUAACGAUAUCUCAUAACACGCCUCCAUUAGCCUCAGAUUUCCCAGCAAAUAAUAAGGAAAUGUCUUUAGAAAUGAACGGCAUUCUGCGUCGUGGUUCUUCUAGUGCUAAUAUUAAAGAACAGAAGCAAGCUAUCUCGGAAUUUAUGAAUGUAAAAUCUGUCCAGCCUAGAACUACAUCUGACACGAAAGUGAUGUUUUUGGCUGCUACUGUUCUACUUGAAAAACUUCGUGCUGAAGCUGGGGAGUGCUCGCAAGUUGUCUCAUAUUUUUCAGACCCAUCUGUUGUUUCAAGUUCUUUAGAAAAGAGUUUAGAACAUAUAAAUUUUUACGUUAUCCGUAAAUAUACUAAAUUUGUACAAGCAGGUACAUCAAGAAUUUACAAUUCACAAAGUGUAGUUAAUCAAUUAAAUGAAAUGCUUUUAAGUUUAGCUCAUAGAGACUCAUAUCUUCAAAAUGUUGCAUUUAAUUCAUGUGAUGUUUAUAUUAGAAAUCUACCUUCGUCAUUAUGCCACCACGACUCAUUAUUUACUUUACUUGAUUUAAUGACAGCACUAUUUGAUAGUGUAAUGGAUUGUGAAACAAAUAGAUUUGAACCUCGUUAUGAAUUUGAGCUGAAACACUCUCAGAAAAAAAUACUUCUUCCAGAUACUGUGUCGUGGAGACAAGGUACUUUAUCAAGGCUAAAUAAAGCAGCUAAGGAAUGGGUUAAUUUAGUGUUAAAUAAAUCAAACCAAGAUAUCAAAAUUUUGCUACAGUCUUACAUUUCAAAUAUGGAGACAUAUGAUCAUUUUACAUCUGUAGAAUUUGGUGUUUCAUUUGCUAUAGAAAUGGCAGGUUCGAUUACAUCUGUGGAUAAAGAACUUUCAAAAUUAAAUUAUUCAACUUCAGAAAAGCCAAACACGAUUGCUGAAUUUAUUUAUCAACAUUCUUGGCGAUCGAAAUACCUGGUUACUAAGGCAAUGGUUUCAUCAGAGGAAGAAAUGCUAGUAGAAAUUAAUAAGUAUGUUGACUUAAUUAAUAAUUUAAUUGCUGAAGGUGACAGCAUUUCAAACAAAAACAUUAAUGAGUUCUUAGAUUUGUCGGCAGCUUUAGUAAUACUGGGUAAAAAUUUAGCUGGUUCCUUAAUCCACAAUCUUGUAAAAUUACCCUUCAAAAUAUUUACACCAGAGGCUAUCAAAACAGCUAUUAAUGUCUGGUUGACGAUUAUUAAGGAGAGGCCAGAUAUUGCACAUAUUCUACUUGUAGAAGUUGGUUAUUAUUGGAUGAGAUCAAUAGAUGACGGAUUAGGUUUAUUCUCUGGUAAGCACAAUUUACUACCUGAAGAAUUUCAAAUGAUGGAAUAUAAACCAUAUAAUAAAAUUGCAAUAAAUAGAGACUCGCGAAUUGCGAUGCGUUCUCUUCAACCUCAUCGAUAUAUCAUUAAAUUUUUUAUUUCACAUUUUCAAGGUACAUUAUACCAAAGUGAAGCCUUAUUGAAAUUGUUUACCACAUGGAUUACUCAAGCGACUGAUAACUUAGAAAAUGCAUCGUUACAUCCUUUUGCUAGACUAAUAAGAAAUGAACUAUUGAAUUUUGCUGCCCUGGUUCUUGCAGUUAAUAAUAGAGAGAAGACAAAGUAUGUUACCAAGUUAAGUCAUAGUAUUACAAAUGGUGCAUUAUCGUGGUAUAUUCAACCAGUUUCUUGGCCCUUUGGUUCAAAUGAUAUGAAAGUUAAAACUGAUUUAUCGGUAGCCUCUGAACUAUAUGCUGCUUUAAAUAGAUUAUCUAAUAUCCUCAUGCACAACUGUGGUUCGGAAUUUAAAUUAUUGCUUGCAUUUUUGAAUAAUGAUAUAAAUCAUAUCAAGACUUGGCUAAACUUUCUAAGUGAAAUGGAAAAUGACAAUAGUGCAGGUUUUACAUCAGAGCUAGUGGACACUGCCUUCAAGAAGCAUCCACAAUUAGCGGCAAAUAUUUUAACCAGAAGUGGCGGUGAAAAAUUCACAAAUGAUGUUAUUCAAAAAGUUUCUAGUAAGCCAUUAGCAUGUAUCAAAGUUUCGGAUACUCUUCCAUUGUUUUUAUCCGGGAUGAAUAGCACAAUUAAUUCUAAUGAUAUCCAUAAUAUAUUAUAUUGGAGUCCUGUUUCUCCACUAAAGUCUAUUAACUUGUUUUUACCUAAGUGGAAUAAAAAUAAUUGUAUUCUUCAAUAUGCCGUAUUAUCAUUAGAAUCGCACAAUGUUAAUGUAACAUUCUUCUAUGUUCCCCAGAUUGUACAAUGUUUACGUUACGAUGCAACGGGAUACGUGGAAAAGUUGAUUUUAGAUACUGCUAGUAUUGAUAUGUUGUUUUCACAUCAAAUUAUCUGGAAUAUGUUGGCUAAUUGUUACAAGGGUGAUGAAGCGUUAGAAGAGGAUGAAAUCAAGCCUACGUUAGACCGUGUCCGUGAAAGAAUGGUAUCUAGAUUUAGUGGAUAUCAGAAAGAAUUUUAUGAAAAAGAAUUUGGGUUUUUCGAUGAAGUUACUGGUAUCUCAGGUAAAUUAAAACCUUAUAUUAAGAAAAGUAAGGCUGAGAAGAAGAUAAAAAUCGAUGAAGAAAUGGCUAAAAUUAAAGUUGAAGAAGGUGUUUAUUUACCUUCUAACCCAGAUGGUGUAUUAGUCGAUAUUGAUCGUAAAAGUGGUAAACCAUUGCAAUCACAUGCUAAAGCACCAUUUAUGGCUACUUUUAAAAUUAGAAAGGAAGAAAUUGAUUCUAAUACAGGUGAAAAACAAACUGUUGAAAAAUGGCAAAGUGCUAUUUUCAAAGUUGGUGACGAUUGUAGACAAGAUGUUUUAGCCUUACAAUUAAUCUCUAUGUUUAGAACUAUAUGGUCAUCUAUUGGUCUUGAUGUUUACGUGUUUCCUUAUAGAGUGACAGCAACAUUACCAGGUUGUGGUAUUAUUGAUGUGCUACCAAAUUCAAUAUCUCGUGAUAUGCUAGGUCGUGAAGCAGUUAAUGGAUUAUUUGAAUAUUUUGUUACCAAGUUUGGUAAUGAAAAUACAAUUGAAUAUCAAAAUGCAAGAAACAAUUUUGUUAAAUCAUUAGCAGGAUAUAGUGUAAUAUCAUAUCUUUUACAAUUUAAAGAUAGGCAUAAUGGUAAUAUCAUGUAUGAUGAUCAAGGUCAUUGUUUACAUAUCGAUUUUGGUUUUAUCUUCGAUAUUGUUCCUGGUGGUGUUAAAUUUGAAGCUGUCCCAUUUAAAUUGACCAAAGAAAUGGUUCGUGUUAUGGGUGGGUCACCAACUACAAGUGCAUAUCGUGAUUUCGAAGAACUAUGUAUCAAGGCUUAUCUGGCAGCAAGACCACACAUGGAAGCCAUCCUAGAAUGUGUUGAACCAAUGUUAGGCAGUGGUUUACCGUGUUUUAAAGGUAAUAAAACUAUGAAAAAUCUACGUACUCGUUUCCAACCUCAGAAGACAGAGCAUGAAGCAGCACUAUACAUGAAGAAUUUGAUUAGAAAGAGUUUUGAGAGUUUCUUCACCAAAGGUUAUGACGAAUUCCAAAGGCUUACCAAUGGUAUUCCAUAUUAA